AUGGGUCCUCCUCCUCCUAGAAACCCUAAUCCCCAAUCAAACCCUAAUCCCGAGCCUCCAGGCCCAACCCAAACCCUCGAAAACGUCGCAAAGAUCGAUGCCGAGAACGUGGCUCCUGCUGAGGAGACAACUCCCAAACCUGAACAAAACCCUAGCCCUAACCCUAAACCUGAUUCUGAUUCUUCAGGAUCCGAACACUCUGGGGUUACUAUUCCCUACUCCAUCCCACCGUGGAGCGAGCCACCGGGCCAGCCCUUCUUCUUUGAGGUCCUCAAGGACGGCGCCAUUGUCGAACAGCUUGAUGUGUCUACGAAAGGCGCCUUUAUGUUUGGACGCAUUGAUCUAUGUGAUUUUGUACUUGAACAUCCGACGAUUUCUCGGUUCCAUGCAGUUCUGCAGUUCAAACAAGAUGGUGAAGCUUUUCUCUAUGACCUUGGUAGUACUCAUGGGACCUUUAUCAACAAGUGUGAGGUCAAGAAGAAGGAAUAUACAAAAGUUCAUGUUGGCGACGUUAUUCGAUUUGGCCACUCUUCACGGUUAUACAUAUUUCAAGGACCGUCCGAGCUAAUGCCUCCCGAGGGUGACCUGGAGAAACUACGGGCUGCAAAAGCACUACGAGAAGAGAUGAUUGAUCGUGAAGCUUCCCUUGCACGUGCAAGAGUUGAAGCAUCACUUGCAGAUGGUGUCUCAUGGGGCAUGACUGACGAUGCUGUUGAAGAACCUAUGGAGAAUGAUGGUGAAGACGAAAUAACAUGGCAAACAUACAAAGGACAGCUUACUGAGAGGCAGGAAAAAACACGUGGAAAAAUUUUGAAACGAAUGGAGAAGGUCGCCAAUAUGAAGAAAGAGAUUGACGCUAUUCGGGCUAAGGACAUUUCACAAGGUGGUUUAACUCAAGGUCAGCAAACACAGAUUGCUCGAAAUGAACAACGAAUGUCUCAGAUUAUGGAGGAAUUGGAGAGCUUGGAGGAGACUCUUAAUGAGAGCAUUCAAGAGAGUCUAGGUGCACGUUCUGGGAAGAUCACUCAAAACCGGAAACCGGGAAUUUUUGAGGAGGAAGAUGACAUCUUGAGUGAUGAUGAUGACUUUUACGAUCGGACGAAGAAGAAGAAGCCUUCUGCCAAAAAACCUGGUGAGCAGUCAGUUGAAACAGCGGAUACCCUUCUCGACAAAAAGGAGGCUAUUGUUAAUAAAAUGGAAGAGAAAAAAGUAUUGCUUCUGAAGGAGAAAGAUAAACAGGCUCCUACUAUGGAGAGCAGCUUUGAUGGUGUUGGUGGGGAUGACCUUGAUGCAUACAUGAGUGGCCUGACAUCCCAACUAGUUGUUGACAAAGUAAUGAAAAUUGAGAAGGAAUUGUCUGAUCUUCAGUCUGAGCUCGACAGAACACUGUAUUUGCUGAAAAUAGCGGAUCCACUGGGAGAUGCUGCUCGAAAAAGAGAAGAAAAGGCAAAAGGGUCAAAGCCCAAGCAGCUGGUUAUUGACAUGAGAAAACAGCCUCAACUUAAGCAAAUGAAACCUGUCAGAGAUGAGAAGCGUGCAUCGAGCUCGCCACUUGAGGGGACUCCAAACUCUUCACAGGAAGAGAAGUCUAAAAAUGCUGAAAAAGUUGAGGAUGCUUGUGAAAAUGAAGGGAAAAAAGCACCUGUGUACACUGUAAUAAAGCCUCAGUGGCUUGGUGAUACAAAGGACAUGAAUUUGGAAGAGGACCGUGCACAAGAAACAGCUGCAGAAGCCACAGAAUCUGACAGCUUUGUAGACUAUAAAGAUAGGAAGAAAGUUCUUGCUUCAGUGAAUGACGAAACAAAAUUAGAGAAUGCAGCUCCAGGCCUCAUCAUAAGAAAACGGAAGCCUGUUGAAAAGCCUGAGCAAACUGUUGAUAAAGCUGCUAGAGUGGAAGGUUCACCUUCAUCUGACGCUGACACUACUGUUGUUGAUAGUGUGGCUUUGCUACUGAAGCACAAACGAGGGUACAGUACUCUUGAUGAAGAAGCAAGUAAUGGAAGCCAGCAGUCCCAUAUUGAAACUUCUCAGCCCAAACGAGUACUUGGACCCUCGAAGCCUGAUUUUCUUGAGAGAAGUCCAAAUUAUGAAACAUGGGUGCCUCCUGAAGGGCAAACUGGUGAUGGCCGAACCUCACUGAAUGAUCGAUUAGGUUAUUAAAGCAUCAUAUCUUUGUUUCAGAACAGUAGUGGCCUUGUUUGCUUAUUUGCUGAUCUCUUUUGGACCAUUUUAAGUGAAAAUCUCAAGCAUGGUGCUUCAGCUCUGAUUCUUCUGACGUCGUUUAAAAGGAAUGCUGGACUCGCACUGGCUGUGGCUGAGGCUGACUUCACAAGAACACAGUUAUUAGCGAGCGUCUCCUCAAGUAGCAUUAACUGUGCUCAGUAGUUGGGUAAAUUCUGGAAGAAAAGAUGGUGGAAUGCACAAACGUGUUCUUCUAUUUCAAUGGCAUUGUGUAUAGGGAUGCCGAUGAUAUUGGACUUUUGGCGUGAGGACUUGUUUGCUGUAUGUUGGGGAUACGUUCACAGCUCACAAGCCGGCGAACAUAGAGAAGACUUUUUUCAGUUUUCGGUUUUUUUAAUUAUUAUUAAAGGUAUGUACAUGUUGAUAUUAUGCUCUGUUACAAUUAUCUUAAAUAGAUUAAAGCAUCUUAUACGUUCGGUUUUGUCA